GCACUGAUAAUCUGUUUACAAGUAGCCUGUGAUUAUACAAACAGGAAGUAGUAAUUCAGACGCUCUCCGUGCUGUUGUCUUGCGUUUCAGUUGAACAAGGCAGCUAUAGUAAUGGCGGAGGAGGAGGACGAGCCUGGCUUCGAGGAGGAGCAGGAGGACGGCUCCGGCGGGGUGGACGCCGCUGGCCACGGUAGAAGAAAAAGGCUCUUCUCUAAGGAGCUCCGCUGCAUGAUGUACGGCUUCGGUGACGACCAGAACCCGUAUACAGAGUCGGUGGACAUCCUGGAGGACCUGGUGAUCGAGUUCAUCACGGAGAUGACCCACAAAGCCAUGUCCAUCGGGCGGCAGGGCCGCGUCCAGGUGGAAGACAUCGUUUUUCUGAUCCGCAAAGAUCCCAGAAAAUUUGCCCGCGUCAAAGAUUUGCUGACCAUGAACGAGGAGCUGAAGAGAGCAAGGAAAGCUUUCGACGAAGCCAAUUAUGGCUCUUAACAGACAUACAUGUGGACACAUACUGCUGAUACAUCUGAUUACAAUAUUCGUUAAUUUUUUAAAAAAUAUAAAAGUUAAAUAUUGCAUGAGUCUGUUUUUUUUUUUAUUUGUUCAACUUGACUUCCUCUCUUUCUCAGUGGCUUAGCAUCAUAGAUCAAUACGCAAUGCCAAAGAUUAUAAGAUUUUCUGAAACAGUUUGAAUAAAGUAAAUUACUUGUUCUUUUUAUUUACUUUUAUAAAUGGCCAAUCUAUGUACAAAGGUACCAGUUGGACAUAGCCACACAGUCAGUACUCU